CAGACUUAAAUGCAAAUAGAACUGGAAUAUGGUUCUCCAGCCAUCUUGUAACUAACAAGUUAUGUCUUUUAUCUGUAUCGUGGACUAGAAAGGUUUAACAACAGUUGGAUCGUUUAAUUGGUGAUUUGUUAAAACGCUGUACUUCAUCAUGGAUGAUUUACAGAAUUAUAAGCUUCAACUGCAACAGGUUGAAGCCGCACUGACCACAGACCCAAACAAUGAAGAAUUGUUGAAACUGAAGAUAGACUUAGAGGAAGUCAUAGAGUUGACUCAUGAUCUGGUACGAUCGCAGCAACAAGAAAAACGGCAGGCAAAUGGAAUGGAUGCGAAGGAUCCGAUCCUCCUAGCUGUCUUAGCAAACAAAUGGAAAAUUGGAGAUCAGUGCAUGGCUCCGUGGAGCGAAGAUGGCAAAUAUUAUGAAGCAACAAUAGACACAAUCAGUGAAGAUGGUACAGUCAACGUUACUUUCAAUGAAUACAAAAAUACCGAUGUCACUAUGCUUGACCAACUUAAGUCUGUUGCUAAAAGGCCAGCUUCGGACUGGGCAGAUCAAAAGUCGAAGAAGAUGCAAGCAGCAGCGAUCGCUGGUUCAGAUCCUAACAAGCAACGCGAGUAUUUGAAGAAGAAAAAGCAAAAGAAGCUUCAAAGGUUCAAGGAGCUCGAGGAGGAGCGUGAAUCGGAGAAAAACAAGUGGCUGGCUUUCACAACUAAGUCCAGUAAGAAAGGGGUUGUGAAGAAGAGUAUAUUUGCGACACCGGAAAAUGUCAAUGGUAGGGUAGGCAUUGGAACUUGUGGAGUCAGUGGUCGUGAAAUGACCAAGUUCAGCAAUGGAGAAAAAUGGCGCCGAGGUACAUAAGUCUGUACAUACGAAUCACUAUGUGUAAGAAAAAGUUUAUACUUUUGAACUAAUAUUAAAUGUAGUUAAGGCAAAUCUCGAUCAGAUGUAAACUGUUCUACAAGUGUCGUGUAAUAGAAGUGACUACAGCGUUUAAAAAUACGGUUUAAUCUUUUUAUUUUUAAAAAUUUUGAUCGCGAAAUUAAUUUAAAACGCGGUUAGUUGGGUUAUAUCGCUUGUUUCUGCAAUUUUUAGAAAUGUCUCUACUACUGAUAUUAAUUGUUCAGAUAUGCUAUUCACCUCUGCUGUGAUGAGCAUGCGUAGCACUGGGACUUUUGGGAAAGUUUCGGUCUCAGAUAUCCGGGUUCUGCUAGUGUUAGAAUUUUUUUAUCCAGCGUUGUUACAUCAAUCGUUUUUGUACAUAAAUUCUAAGUAGGCAAUAAUAAACGCUGCGAAAAGCCUUCUUUUUAGUCUCCGUACAAUUUAUUCUUGUUUCUCUGUCCUUUCUCUUUGUCAGAUUGGAAUUUAAUUGGUGAAUAUAAACUGAUGCCUGAUUUCUGUCAUUCAUAUACUACUAUUUUCCGAUGAACUCCUGCCAGUCUUUGGUUGAACCUCUGACGAAAUUCAGUUAAAUUGGACAAAGGUGAAACUUGUACGAUAAAACCAACGUCUACCAUAGACAUCGCGAAAAUCUCAACUGUCGAGCAUCCUGAAAACUUUUCGCGUCAUCUCUUUUACCAAUUGACAAUCAUUCUCUUGCUGCACUCAAUUAUUACCAUUGCAUAAAUUAAUUCUUGUCAUUUGCUAUUUCGGUUUUACUGCAUGCGUAAUGUAAUGUUUCAUGGAAUCUGUAUGAACGAAACGAAUGAAUUAAACGGAAUGUCUGCGAAAUAUAAUUUGAAGUAAUCUGUAUUUUAAGUUACAAUUGCAUAUGAUAUGAAUAAAUGUAUAUUUGAAACUAAA